AUGUUGACGGCGACUACGAUGCGGAUGCAGCACGUGUCUCUUGUGUUAGUCCUCGCGCUGUGCUGGGCGUGCAGCAGGGCUGCGGCGGAGGACCGGAAGCCUGCAGCAGGAUUGGCUCUGGGUACAGAAGCACAGCUGGCUGUAGCGGCUGAAGGAGACAAUGUAGACAAUGAGAGUGAUAUGGAGCAAGGUCAAUUAGAUUCUUCUGCCAAGUUGCACGAAGAACCUAUUGAACAAAAGACUGUAUCUACGGACUGCCGUGAUCCAAAAAAAACUUUAGAAGGUGAGUGCGCUACAACUGGGAGCCUACGAGAAAUCUCUUUGAUUGCGAAGGGCGACCGAGGAGCAGAAUCAGGUGUGGACUCCGGCCGGCUCGAAGGCGGGUCUAAAGAGAGCCUUACGCCAAGCGGUGAUGGAACAGUGAGGGUGAAUGGAAACAAUCCUACAGAAGGACAAUCGGAUGGAUUCGGGUCUUCAGACACAACGGGGCAGACUGCGAAAACAGAAAACAAAGAGGAAUGCCCGGAAAAAAAGCCACCUGGCAAAAUAUUAUCAUCAGGGUGCCGUGAUCGUGUGACUAAAGACGAUCUGCGUCAACAGAAAAUGGAAUAUGUUCUUGAGAAAAGUAAGCACGAUGUUGGAAAUCAAGAUACAACGAGCAUCGAUUCAGCACCAGGACUAACUGGAUCGACUACAAUAAAGGGCAGCGGUGGUUCUGGUCUAAAGACACUUCUGACGAAAGCUGUGAGCAAUAUUGCCAUCGAGAAUGAACCAGUUACCUCACGCGUGGCCGGUCCUACUUCACUUCCAGAAAACAACCUACCGCGAGGGAAUCUGGGCGAGGCAGGGCGGGAGACACCUUCACCCAAAUCCCUGUCUGCCGUUGAAAGUAACGCGCAGAGCGCACCGACCGUUGAAGCUGAUACCAAGGAUGACAGCUCUUUUGCUGAAACCGAGACCCCUUCGCAGGAUGCUGCUUUCACCACAGAAGAUAGAAAGAAGCCCACCAUAGGAGAGAUACUGGCCACCGCCCCGAAGCCUUUGAUUGCCGAAGUGUCACCGAAAAAGGAUGUGGAUGCGGGCGCAAUGAUUGCGGCUGUCAGUGCGGCACCGCUGCUUCUGGGAGCAAUCGCCCACAUUGCUAUGUUGUGA